AUGGACGAAACAUAUCUGAAGAAUCUCGAAACGGCGGCCCACAUUAUCAUGGCCCCACCAAACUCCAUCACCAACCAGCAGCGGCAGGAAUCGGAGACCCUGUUUACGAACUUCCGUAAAACGAAGGCACCGUACGCACUCUGCCAGACGGUGCUGGAGAAGUCAUCCGUCGACCUGGUGCUGUUCGAAGCGGCCGACGUGCUCAAGAAGGCCAUCGUCGGCGAGUGGAAGUUUAUCGCCGAGCAGGAUCGCGUGUCCCUGCGGCAGUACCUGUUGAACUAUGUCAUCAACCGUGACAUUCCGGUGUUCAUCCGGGACAAGCUGCUGCAGGUCGUGGCGAUCAUGAUCAAGCGUGCCAGCCUCGAAGAUCACGGCAUCGAGCGGGGCCAGAUAAUCGAGGAAACGAAAAAGAUGCUCACUUCGGGCGACCUGAAGCAGCAGAUUCUGAGCUGCAGCAUUAUGCUGGCGGUGCUGGAGGAGUACUGCAACAUCGUGCGCUCGGACGAUACCGGCCUGAAUACGCUGGAACACUUUAAGGCCAAAAAGCAGUUCGAGGACUCGGACCUGCUGAAAACGUUCGUCAUGACGCUGCAGGCGAUGGUGGAGGUGGUGAGCGCGUUCGAUGCGGCCAACAGCGUGCAGAUGUACUUCUUCAAGCAACUGCUCACCGUGAUGGAAACCGUUCUGACGUGGGGCUUCCUACUGCCGAACCUGCAGAAUGUGCGCGUCAUGCACACGCUCUCGAAGCGCAUCAUUGACACGUCGGAAACGGUGACGAAGGCCCUUCAUGCGCCUCCGCUCCGGCUGCAGGCCCAGUGGAAGAGUGUCAUUCUCGAUCCGAAAGUGAUGGAAGUGUUUUUUCACACGUACUGGAAGACCCGCGAGAUCGACGAUCUGCAACCGAAAGCCCUGAUCUGCAUCCUGCAACUGUCCACACUGCGGGGUCCGAUCAUAACGGAAAACAUCGACGAAAGCAUGGCGUACCUGGCCAACUACCUGACGCACUUUCUGUCGAUGCUGACAAACAUCGAAAUCAAGGACAAGGAAGCGUACAGCUUUUCGUUGAUCCUGCGCAAACUGUUCCAGUUCCUACCGGCCGGGAUGCUCAAGAUGCUGCCCAACUCGCUGUUCGACGCGUCCAUGCAGCAGUGCUUCACGAUGACGAUGAAGUUCUUUGAGCUGUCCGCCGCCGAAGAGUCGGCCUCUCCGGAUGAAGCCCUGUACAUUGACGCCCUCAGCAACAUGCUCGGUAUAUGGUUGUCGUUUUUGAACGACAAACAAAACUACCCGAUCGAACCGAUGCUACCGUACAUUACGCAAAUGUUCGAAAAGUACGUCCAGUGCCACCUGGCACCGCCGCAGGGUGUGCGUGGUUGCGGGAGCCGUGAGAACGAUGGUGAACGCGAGAACGAGAUCACCGACAUCGACGAACCGGACCGGGAGCGUUUCAAGGAGCAGCUGGCGAUCAUGGGAUUUUUUGGGCGCGAAAUACUACUCCACGCACUCGGUCUGCUGGCCGGGCUGCUGGAGGACCGAACGCGCAAACUUGGCACACACCUGCACAUGCUGCACGCCUCCCAGUCGCUGUCGAUCUCGGGCGUGGCCAGUCUGGUGAAUCUGUUCGAGGACAUCCACUGGCUGCUGCUGAUCAGUGGGCACGUGAUGGCGAUGGAAUCGGUGGGCGAGGUAGCGUCCAUUCCGAAUGCCGUCCUCAGCAUCUGCGCCCAGCAGGUGGACGCCGGAGUGACCGAUGUGUCGACCAGCUUGAAGCUGCUGGCCUCCCCGAACCAGGACAUACAGGAGCUGCCGAACGCGGAGGCAAACGUGGACCCGGUGCUGCGGCUGAUGGCGGCCGGCUUUCGGUUGUGCGAGCUGGAGAAGACGGCCAUCGAGGUGCGCAUGUACCAGUUUCUGAGUCCCGAGCUGAGCACCACGUUGCUGUGGUUCCUGCGGCACUGGUGCGACUCGUACGUGAUGACGAUCGACAAGUCAACGGCGAACAACAUUUUCUCGAACGCAUUCGGUAUCGGCACCGGGGGCGCCCUGUGGGUGAUCAAUUAUUUGCUGAACAAAAUCUGUCUGAACGCGCAGCACCUGCGGGCCGAGCAGGGCGUGAUGGAGGAGAGCAUCGAGCUGCUGCUGGCGCUGCAGCGCAACAAGGCGCGCUCGCAGACCAUCUUCAACUCCGAGUACUUCCGGUCGAUCUGCGAUCUGAAGAGCUUCGAGCUGCAGGCCAGUGUCAAGCGAAAGCUGCUCCGUGGCUUCGUGACGAUCGCUUCCAGUGUCGAGGGCGACGAAAUACGCACCGAGUACAUCACGCGCAUCGUGCAGGGGACGAAGGAAAAGUACGGCGUCGUGCUGACCACGUUCCAGCAGCAGGCGCACGUGCACCAGAGCGAGCAGUUCAAGGAGCAGGUCGUUGAGGUUCUCGAGGAAACGAUCGGUUGCGUGCAGGGCGCGUUUGGCAGCCUCAUGACCAUCCUGUUCCACGAGAUACAGCCGAUCUGCAAGCAGCUCGCCAGUUUUAUGUCCGUCUACAAAAACGACACGAUGAUUGUGGAGCUUGUCUUGGAACUGCUGAACGAGCUGGAGCAAUCGGCCGAUGUGAAGAUGGUCCGCAUCGCGGUGCACCAGUACAGCAUGGACGUGAUAAGUGUGUACGUUAAGAACAACACCAAUCGCAUCUCGCUGGAUCCGACCAACAACGAGCGGGACCCGCAAGACUUGAUCCUCAUCCUGAAACUCAUCAACGGUCUCAGUAUGCGCAAUGUCGUCAACGACGACGACGAAGAGACGAUCCAGCAGGCGUCGGACGUGUGUAUCUACGGGCUGACAAACAUUGUGCCAUUGAUAACCGUGGAAUUGAUUCGCUAUCCCGAGCUCUGCUAUCAGUACUACAUCACCAUUACGACGUUCGUGGAGUCCAAGUCCUAUGUGGUUCCCACGCUACAUCCGGAUUUUUUGAAGCAGAUGGUAUCAUCGGUAGAGCUUGGACUGACAUCGUUCACGUCGGACGUGGAGCUCAAGUGUCUCGAGUUUAUCGAGGCCUUCGCCCAGGUCGUGCUGUGCCACCAGAACCCGGAAUCGCAGGUCGCUCAGCUGCUGCAAUCGUUCCUGAAGCUGAUGCUGGAUAUGACGAUUGGGCAAAAGAUCGAUUGGAACAACACGACCGACUGGUAUAAGGCCAUGUUUGCGGUCGUUUGCUGCUUUCCGCAGACGUUCAAGGACUUGGUGCAGAGCUUCCUGCAGGAGCACGUGGACAGUAGUACCGACAAGGCGAAGGAGAUGAUCAACGAAAGCUUGAUGCGGUUGAACCAGAUCGAGUUCAUCAACGUGCGGUUGAUGAAGAUUCGGUUUGUCGAUUGGUUCGAUCGCUUCGUUUCGCUGGUGAGUCUUACGUAUAGGAAGUAAUUUAUUACAAUAUUGUCGGUGCUGUCGGCCGCCGGGAGGAAGGAAGGCUUAUUUUAGUUGUUUCUUCAAGAGAGCACACAUGCCGGUACCGUAUUCGAAGUGAUCACGGAGUAACGAAGGAAGAUGGAUUCAACACCAAUCUCAGUGUACAAUGAUUAUUAUGUAGACCCUCAGAAUUCCAAACAUUUGUCAGUACGAACAAGCGUGCGUCGUGUUUAUUUCCGUUUGUUGGUACUCUGUUUAUUGAUUCUUGUAUUGAACGGUGAAUUUCCGCGUUGUUUGAGUACGCAAACACUUUUGUACGUUGUAUAGAAUGGGAGUUUACAAUACUACCGUCACGUGGUGUGUCCCCGUAACGUUCGUUCGUUCGUUCGUUCGAGUGUGACUUUAUUAAUGUGUACUCUACUGCAGGCAGACGGAAGCGGGCCAAGGUCGGAACGACUCAAAGAACUGUGUAGCCAAGUGUGUGCAGAGGAUAGAACGAACGUUAGAAGCAACGAUCUGCGGUUAGCUAGGGGCUUAAGACAAUUGUACUUACCGAGGCGUACCCGUGCUCGAAUAUGAUAUGUUAGAACAUACAUUUUCCGAAAAAAAAAACCAAUUUGAUCGAACUGUAAACUAUACUUACAAAAAUGCAACAAAAACACGGUCAGUGAUAAAAGCGAAGAGAGAAAUCCACUCACUCAAUAUUGAUAAUUACACAAGUUUCUUCGCUAUCCUGGCAAGUGGCAAACAAAAGUGAUACAUACUUUUCUACAAAAGAUCGCACUUGCGCACUUUACCUCUUUUUUUUAUUUAGAUAGAAACGUAGACACGCGUUCAUAUAAGCACGUUUUUUGCAUUCUGCAACGCACUGAAUUGUCGCACUGAACGGCGGCAAAUUAAGAGGUGGACAGGUGAGGCGAGUGAGUGUGCGACCUUCUCUCCCAUAUUAAGUACCGUUUGAGGUUAGUCAACGCGCGCUACGCUAUAAGCACCACGAAACUAAGCGCCGAACAAGGCACCGUGAGGCGCACCAUCCGAGUAGGUGCGAAAGGCUGUUGCUGUGAAGCGCGUUUAGCAGCAGGCCUUCUUAGAUACGUUCGCUUCUGUUCGAACACAGUUUCACUCGCUGAAAACACCCCACACAACUGUUACAAUCAGAGGUGAAGCGAGACAGUGUGCUUGUACUCUUUACAUCGUUCUAUUAUAGAAGGUUUUCACAGACUUCCGGGCCAGGUCCGUUGGCCAGUUCGCAGGAGAUUAGUUUUGCCAUGGCUUGCUGACUGACACGUGAUAAUUGACGAGCGCGAGAGGGGGGUGAACCGAUUUCUAUUGGUAUAUCAUUUUGUACUCUGAAGGUAGUAUUGAUAAAACAAAGUGACAAAAUCGAAUCUAAGAGAGCAUGGAAUUGUAUGAAGAGAAUCGCCCUUUUCUGUGCAUACCGAUAUGUUUAUUCCCGUUCCCUUACAUCAUCCAUUUCCACUACAAGGUGAAGCGACGCCAGGAAUCAGCAUCAGAUGUUGUUGACAAUCUCCCGGUGGAAUAGAGGACGGUGAGUGAAAGCUCUCCUGUUUGUGCCCCCUGGUGGUGGUUCGUGUGGGCAAUCUUUUGAGUUCGGUUGGUUGCGUUCCUUGUAAGCGUCCGUGAUUCCAGUUUUCGUGUAUUAACAAAGUAAUGCAAGAGGCGAAGGGUACGGAGAGUACGAACUUAACAUAAUGAUGAUCAAAAGGCCACGUGCCAUGUAAAAGCAACGACAACUUGAUAACUCCAUAUUUAUCUGUGGCACAAAAAGCGACGACGGGUGCUGCAUAAGAAACAAGAGGGUAAUCGCAGCAACCAUUGAGCCCAUAGAUAGAACUCCCAUUUGGACUGCUUUUGCCGCAGGAUUACUUUUGAGCAACGGUUGCUUUUAGGCGGUGUGUACGGCCACAUCACGAAUUGGAAACUGUUUUCCGGAACGAGCGAGUGAGGAACACCAACCGGAUGGUGUGCAAACGAGAUUGAGAUUGAGUACAAACUGCGAAUUGCGAUUGUUAUUGAUUGGUUAGCGCCACCUUAAACGGGGUGGAAAAUAAAAACAAACAAACUAGCAUUAUUAGCCGUCGUGUGGUUUUCGAAAAAUCCUAAAGAAACCCAAGAAAACCACACACAGACAAACAGAUACUUCUAUACUUCGCACACGGAAACAAAGUUUGGCUCGCAGUUGGCUUUGAAGGGCCACGCUAGAGUGUCGCUAGUUUUACAAUUUGACGAUUUGAUCACGUCGGCCAUGGCUACGAAUGAAAUAUGAUACUAA